UCGAGAGAGGGCAGUUUAUUAUUUACUCGCACUCGCGAUAAACUACGAAAUCUUGGGGAGCGAUUUUUUAUCGGUUCAGUUUGUGCGUAAAAUUCUACGUCUUUUUUUUUUAAUUUUUUAUGAGGGAGUCGCAGCGAUUUCAAUUCCGCUGGAGAACUUUAAUAGUCGACAUGGGAAAUUAACGGAUGUAGUUGUUUACGUUCGGGAAGGAAAGGUAGAUCACAGAGCGAGCAGCAGCAGACGUCAUAAGAUCGGCGGGCAGCAGGCGCCGUCGGCAGAUUCAUUUAUGCCGAUUCAAAUGGAGCUGUCGAACUGAUACUCGAAGGACUAAUUGCGGACCCCGAUGAGGCAUCAUUGAAAAUAAACCAAGAAGACUGACGUAGAGCGUAAUGCGGACGAUACGGGCCUAAAUCGCAAUGGCACAGAUAACGGACACAAUGCAGGAAUACUUUGCCUUACCCACCGCAAUCUACACCCCCAACGCUUCCUACGGCGACGAGAACGCUACGAGCGCGCUCGACGCCCGCUCGACCGACCAAAACUUCUCCUGCGACGCGAUAAGGGAUUUCGUCAACGUCACCUGCGAGCUACCGAUAAACUACGCGGUGCCGAUGUACGGUUACGUUAUGCCCUUUCUGUUGUUCGUAACGAUCAUAGCGAACACGCUUAUCGUCGUCGUGCUGAGCAAGAGGCACAUGCGGACGCCGACGAACGUCGUCCUGAUGGCGAUGGCACUCUGUGAUAUGUUUACGUUGCUGUUCCCCGCGCCGUGGCUGAUUUACAUGUACACGUUCGGCAACCACUACAAACCGCUUUGGCCCAUCAGCGUUUGCUACGCUUGGACGGUGAUGCACGAGGUCAUUCCGAACAUGUUCCAUACGGCGAGCAUUUGGCUGACGCUGGCGUUGGCGGUUCAGCGAUACAUCUACGUCUGUCACGCGCCGUUGGCGCGAAAAUUCUGCACGAUGCCCAACGUUUAUAAGUGCUUAGUUUACAUACUCGUCUCGGCCGCACUGCACCAGGCGACGAGGCUGUUCGAUCAGGAGUACUCAGAGGUGGAGAUCUACUGGAACGGAAGCUACGAGUACGUGUGCAGCACGAGGACGGCGGCGUGGGUGAUGAACUACGUUACCGAGGACGUCUACUAUUUAUCCUACUUCCUUUUUCGGAUCAUUUUUGUCCACCUAGUGCCCUGCGUUGCGCUGGUGGUAUUAAACUUCCUUCUGUUCUGCGCGCUGAGGCAGGCCCAGCAGCGGCGCGACCUGCUCCUCUCGAAAAAGAACCAAAAAAGUGAAUGCAAAAAGCUGAGAGACUCGAACUGUACGACCCUCAUGCUUAUCGUUGUGGUCACCGUUUUCCUGUGCGUCGAGAUACCGCUGGCGGUCGUGACGAUCCUCCACGUCCUUUCCUCGAUCGUGAUAAAGGAGUUUCUCGACUACUACGUCGCGAACGUCUUGGUGCUGUUUACGAAUUUUUUCAUCAUACUCAGCUACCCGAUCAAUUUCGCUAUUUACUGCGGAAUGUCGCGUCAAUUUAGGGAGACGUUCAAGGAACUCUUUAUACGCGGGUCGAUUGGUAGCAAUAGGAAUGGAGGAUCGUCGCGUUACUCGCUCGUUAAUGGACCGAGGACGUGCACGAACGAGACUGUUUUGUAAGUUGCACGGUUAUUGACACAAAUGACAGUUGAGAACUUUGCGCAAUUUACCCGUAAGACUAGCCCAUCGGUAAACAGGUGAAAUUACCUCUAGAUACAGAGGAAACAACCUCCUCCCCCUCCCUCACUACGAGUUACCUAAACCUAGAUUAAUUUUCUCAUUAAAAAAGAGGCGAAUGCAGAAAUUUACCCAUGAUCGAAGGCGAUUCGUACUGCUCUAACCCCCAAUGAAUGUGAUGUAUACGAAAAAGGGUGUCUAACUUCAUAUGUGUCAAUAAUAUUCCUCUAAUCUAACAUAGUGCAGUGUCUUGUAAAUAUAGAACUAACAAAUUGUAUGUUUUAUAUCAUAAGUAAGAUAUGUGCUUUUAAGGAGGGGGCAAAGCAUUUGUUAUAUACAUGUUGGGGUGUACAUAACUGUUUUAACUGUAAAGGAUAAAAAUGAGCAAUCGUCGAACGUUUCUUGAAGGAUCGAGCCCUACUUCGGAAACGUUCGGUGAUGUCGUAUAUUUUUCUGGAUGCAUUUUCGUGUUAUAUGUUUCCCGCAAUUGAAUUUUUCUCCUAAUAAUUGUCGCGGGCGUAGAAGAAACCGUUGUAGCUUGACUCACACGCUCUGAGAUGUGCUCUUGGUUUAUUUUGAAAUAAUAAAGGAGAAAUUUGGUUGGA